UUUAAUUUGGGAAUCAUCACGAAAACCAGCUGAAUAAGUCAAUGAUUAAUUUUAUUCUACAGAUUGUCAUUUAUUUCAACAACCAGCAGCUAAACAAUGAGCUAAUGAAACAAAACAAAGAACUUGUGUUUUUGAGAAGAAACCAUAGAGAUGUUCCAAUCAUCGGUUUUGGUGACAAAGAGCAGCUGAAAUCUAUUGUCUGGGACCCAGCAAAUGACAUUUUCGAAAUGUCGUCGAGAGAAGAUAAUCUUGAGAAGCUAUGGCAGAGACUGUGUUCAGCUCCGGCAACUUUCCAGUACGACAAAUGUUGGCAGGUUACAAGUCGUCAAGAAAAUUCAAACAGAUACACUGGAUAUGUGACACCUAACCAUAUUCAAUACUGGGCCAUGUAUCCCGAGUAUUUCCUGAAGAGCUUCGAAAUUAAAAUCAUGUUCAAGAGUGUCACGCCUCAGACAGGCCACGUUGAGGUUUGUUACAGUCGCAGCACUAACACCCCAGAAAAACACCCAAGCAACUGCAAAGAAACUUCGAAAGCUAAUAAAGAUAUUUACUUCAAGAUUAAAAACCCCUGCAAAGGCUACAGUAUCUGGAACUGCCCACCAUUUUACUUUUCCAUAAAAGGACUUCGUGGAGACUCCGAAAUUCAACAAGUUAGUGCCACUUGCUAUGGUUUUGAAUGUUUUGUUCAAAGAAACCCAAGCCAAAUAAAAUUCACAGUGGAGCAUGAAGGUAUUUCCUGCAAUGGUGGUCUCAAGCUGAUGUCACCACUAAGCAUAUUAAUUACAUUGCUUGCUAUUGUUUUCUCAAGUAGCAGUUAAUCAAUAUAUUCAAUCAUCAUUUAAGAUAUGUGCUUAAAAUGUGGAAUCAUCAAAAUAAUACUUGCUUAAAUUGUAGUAUCAUAACUAAAAAUAUGUGCAUAAAACGUAGUGUCAUAAAUAAAAAAUGUACUUCAAAUGUAGUAUCAUAACUAAAAAUAAUUUUGUUUUAAGAAAUCAAUCAACUAUUAAGUAUCACACAAGUUGAACCAUUUGUAUGUUUUUUUUUAUUCUGCAUUAAAGUUGUUGAUCUUA